UUAUCCUAGCAGACGACGAGACAGUAGCAGACUGCAGACUAGCAGCUAGUAGACAACACGUAGCUGGCUGCUGGCGUCGUUCGCGGGCGCUCAGUCCUCGGUCGCAAACGUUUGAAUCGUAGAAAUUGAGCCAAUCAAGGAGCAUACGUGUCGUGAUUCUCACGCGAGGUGUUCCGAGACUUCUGAGGUGUGUGAACGUCGUGGUUUGUUGUAGGAUCAGGCGAGCGGCAAGAGCGAGCAACGUUGUUACUAUUUACUGCCGACGAUGGAUCCCGAGGCGUUCCUGGAUAUAGCCAAUCAGGUUGUCAAGCUGAAAAUGUUCCCGUAUUUCGACAUAGCGCACUGCGUACUGUGCACGCUGCACGUCAAGGAGGACCUAGGAACCGGUGCACAAGUAUUUUCUCGCAAACAUCCUCUAUCAUGUUGGCUGUCUACAAUGUUGGUCGUUUUUGCAAGCGGUAUGCUGUGCAAUGGAUUAUUAGGAGAACCAAUUCUUGCACCUUUAAAAAAUACACCACAAGUGGUAGUUGCAACUAUUGUUUGGUAUGUGAUAUUUUACACACCGUUCGACAUCGGUUAUAAAGUAGCUAAAUUUUUACCGGUAAAAUUAAUAUGUGCUGCUAUGAAGGAAAUAUAUAGGUGUAAAAAAGUAUACGAUGGAGUGACUCAUGCAGGAAAACUUUAUCCAAAUGCAUAUCUUAUUAUGAUAUUGAUUGGCACGCUCAAAGGUAAUGGAGCUGGAUUUACAAAAUUAUUUGAGCGUCUUAUACGUGGUGUAUGGACACCGACCGCGAUGGAAUUUUUGCAACCCAGUUUCCCCACAAAAGCGUCCAUGGUUGCAUCAAUUAUCUUUGUGCUAGAUAAAAAGACUGAUCUCAUUUCUGCACCUCAUGCUCUUGUAUACUUUGGCAUUGUCACCUUCUUCGUCUACUUCAAGAUAUCAUCAAUUUUGCUUGGUAUUCAUGACCCAUUUGUGCCAUUUGAAAAUUUAUUCUGUGCCUUGUUCCUGGGAGGAAUUUGGGACUCGUUGGCUAAAUUGUUAGGUCGUGGUCAAGCUAAAGAUGAGAAGGCGGACGCAAAAAAAACAAAUUAAAUAAUAAAAACAUAUUUAUGACAUCAUCACAAGCUAGCAUUGGCUGCUUAAGCAAUGAUGAAACUAC